AUGGGAUUCUCUUUCAGAUUGGGGAAGAGACUUUCUCACUCUUUUCUACACACACAUUCUGGUCGGUUGAGACCAUCACCUUCUCAAAAACUCAGACAAAUAUUACAACAAUCUAGGAAGCAUUCCAACGCUUUGAGAGUUCUUGACCUCAUCACCCCAAAGCCAACCAUCUCUGCACCUCGUCGCCAAGCCCAUCUUCGGCUCAUUGAGGGCUUUCUACGCUCAGAUUCCGAUCAAUUCAGCAACCCUUCUUCUCUCUCUUCCUCACAUGCAUCAACACAAUUCUCUGAUUUAUUCAAUGAGCUGUUCGAUUCCAGCUCAGUUGAUUAUCUGAAUGAAAGCUUUACGGCCGACGCGAGUGUUAUAUUACAAGCCAUAAGCUCAUGCGGGUCUAAGCGUGAUCUUCAUGGCAGCUCUUUGAUAAGCUUUUACAGCAAGUGUAGUGAAUUGGAGAACGCAUAUAAGGUGUUUGAUGAAAUGCCGGUGAGGAAUGUGGUGUCGUGGACUGCGAUUAUUUCGGGGUAUGCACAAGAGUGGCAGGUUGAUGUGUGCUUGGAGCCUUUGGGUUUAAUGAGAUGCUUGGGUUUAAAGCCGAAUGAUUUUACGUAUGCGAGUGUUUUGAGUGCUUGCACAGGCAGGGGAGCUCUUGGGCAAGGAAAAUGUGCUCACGGCCAGACGAUUCGGAUGGGUUUCGAUUCGUACAUUCACAUUGCUAGAGCUUUGAUGUCGAUGUACUGCAAAUGUGGGGCUGUUAAGGAUGCGCUUUACAUGUUUGAAAAUCUGGAUGGCAAAGACACUGUGUCUUGGAACUCCAUGAUUGCAGGGUAUGGGCCACAUGGGCACGCGCUGCAGGCCAUUGGUCUUUUUGAAGAAAUGAAGAAGCAAGGGUUGAAACCUGAGGGCAUUACUUUACUGGGGGUUCUCUCUGCGUGUCGUCAUGGGGGUCUUGUAAGAAAGGGUCUGCAGUACUUCAAUUCGAUGGUUGAAGAACAUUGCAUUCAGCCCGAACUAGAUCAUUAUUCGUGCAUUAUAGAUCUCCUUGGUCGAGCAGGUUUAUUGGAUGAGGCUCGAGUGUUCAUUGAAAAGAUGCCUAUUCAUCCCAACGCCGUUAUUUGGGGUUCACUUCUUUCUUCAUGCAGGGUUCAUAGGAGCGUUUGGAUUGGCAUUGAGGCUGCAGAGAGCAGGCUACUGAUGGAGCCAGGCUGUGCCUCUACGCAUGUGCAAUUGGCAAACCUGUACGCUAGGCUGGGUUGUUGGGAUGAGGCAGCGAGAGUAAGAAAGCUGAUGAAAUAUGAGGGAAUCAAGACAAGUCCUGGGUUCAGCUGGAUUGAGAUAGGUAAUGAAGUUCCCAGAUUUAGAGCAGAAGACGGUACAAACCUCAGAAUAAUAGAAAUAGUUGGAGUCUUGGAUUGUUUGGCGGGCCACAUGGUCCGCCUCAAAGCUUCAGGUUGUGAGCUUCAAAAGCAAGAGGAGAAGGAUGCUUCGUGAUGCUUUAUAAACACCUAUUCUAACUUCCAUACCAUCAAUUGGAGGGUGAAAAGAAUUUUCCUGUAGAUUCAUAAGAUGGUGUCUAAAUUAUAGUAUAGGCAA